UGAUUGGUCCGAACGACCAGAGGCUACGUCAUCAGGUGGGGUUGCUGCGGCGUCGCGUUGCCGUGGAAACGCACGCGCAUCGACGAAGACUGGCUUUGCCACCGAGCCGCCUGAUGGAGGCUGAUGAGGACAGGUUGAAGGAGCAGCUGAGGGUCGAGUUUCAGACCCUGCAGGAACAGCAGGCGCAGCGCCUUCGUGAGCGGCUGGAGAAAAAGAAACAGAUUUCUUCUGAGAAGGACAAGGACGAAAUGAGCUUGAUCAGGCAGGACAGUCUGAACCUGUCUGAGGACUCGGGGGACUCUGUGCUGGAGAGGUCUAACUCCAGCUCCAGACUGCUGAAGAAGGAGAACGAUCAGCUCCAAGAGCAAGUUCGGGAACUUCGGGAUGAGAAUGGACGACUCCAUAAACUCCUGAGUGAGAAGGAGUUUGAGAUCAAGUACCUGAAGAAGAAGAUGGAGGAGAACAAGCUGGCUUUAGUGGGCAAAACAGCACUGGCAGGAGAUGCAGCAGCAGCCAAGAUCGUGGAGCUUUCGAAGAAGAACCGGGAACUCGUAGUGGAGAUGGAGAGAGAGAAAGCCAAGAGCAAACAGAUGAACAAUAGAGUGAGAGAGCUGGAAAGAGAGCUGCAAGAUACAGCACUAUUCAGUAAUGGAGUGAAAGCAGACCACAAACUGGACCUGGGGAGCUCAGAGCAAAAGGACACUCUACUGGUGAAGUCUCUACAAGAGAAACUGAACACAGCCCAGUUUAAAAUGAGUGAAUACCGCAACCAGAUUCAGGCUGUCAAACAGGAGCUGAAGGUUGCACACAAGGCUCUAAGCAGUGAGAUUGGGGAGGAUGUGAAUGUUCAACAGAUCCUCAGUUCUCCAGGAAGCUGGAGAGGAAGAGCGCAGCAGAUCCUGGCCCUGCAGACCCGAGUGAGAGAUCUGGAACAGCAGCUGAGCUCGGUGUCCAACAGGAAGCAGGCGGGAGAGUUCAGCCCAGAGCAGUGCAUGCUGGGAAAAGGAGUCCCUCAGAGGAACCAGGACAAGAACCAGAGCUACAUCCGCACCUUGGAACGAGACAGGAAGGAGGCACUGAAGAAGCUGAGUGUGGAGUAUGAGCUCAUACUGAGUGAACACGGUGAGCUGAAGAAGAAGCUGGAGAGCAGCAAAGCGAGGAACCACAUCCUGAGUGCUGAGCUCAAGACCCUCAAAACUCAACUGUCCACGCUGACUGAGAAGAGUCGGCACGACAACGAGCUCAUCGACGCACUGCUGAAGCAGCAGGCUCAGCUACAGGCCGUGUUGAGUCGUCUGGGUCAGAAAGAGGGGCAGUGCAAUGAUACAGAGCAGAAGCACAACACACAAGAGGCUCAGAGACACAAUGACCUGAUCGCACAGCUCAAUCUCGUGGUGAAGGAGAAAGAGGAGAAAGUUCAGGAGCUCGAGCAGGAGAUCCAACAGCUCACACUCACUAAACAGGAGGCUACUGACGCAGCGGUGAAGAUUAGCCAUGCCCACCCAGGAGACAGAAGGUCCAGCUCUGCCAGAGAGCUGUCGGAGGCACUGUGCUCUGCGUGUGCUGCUCUGCAGGUUCAGUGUUCAGAGUUUAAAGCUCUGUGUCAGGCAGCUAAUGUGGAGAGAGACCGACUGCUGGAGCUCACCAAAGUUCAACAGAGGAGGGAAGCAGAGGCCAUUCAGAAGUGCACAGAGGCUGAGCAGAAGCUUCAGGACGAGCGUCGCCGCUGUGUGGUUGUGGAGCAGCAGCUGGGGAGACUGAAGUUAGACCCUGAAAAAGCACAAAGAGUCAAUCGCAGCAGGACAGCUAACCUAAACGUACCUGAGAAACAGGACGACAUUUCACCCAGUAGAGCCGCAGAGUCGAUGCAUGACGCUCAGGUCAAUGAACUCAAUACACAACUUGCUGCCCAGCAGGAGGAGCUGAAGCUUUUGAGGUCAUCUCUGAAACAAGUCUUGCAGGCUAAAGAGGAGGACCUGCAGCUCUACACCUCCUUGAUCAGUCAAGUGAAGCAAGUCUUCCUUCAGGCUCUCCGGCAGCACAAACAGAGCUCCAAACAGGGAACGUAGCACAGGAGUCUUCUCAUCCAUCAGAUCUGGGUUCCUGUAAACUUCAAAUCCAAGCAAUCUGUAUCAGAUUUUAGUUUCCAUGGCCAGUAUAUUUGCAUCUAGACUCUGGAUCUUAGCAACCUGACCCAGAUUUCUGUUUCCAUUCCCAGGAUUUUAACAUCUUGGCUCCAAAUCUUGGAUAUCUGUCCCAGAUUUUAGCAUAGAAGGGCUUGAUUGUAACCCUAAAUCUUCGACCACUAGAUGCUAAAAAUGUCGUCAAGCCUUCAGGUCCCAGACACUAGUUGCAAUGGCCUAAUUUCCAAUUCCUAGAAUCCAAGCUCUAAAGCUGAGUCUCUAGACUCCUCUAGACUCUCUAGACCUUAGCUUCUCAGCCCAAAACUUUAGCAUUCACUUCAAGGCCCAACAAUCUAUCUUUCAUAUAUUAGAUAUUAGUCUUCAAGUUCAAGAUCGUAGUAGCUGGGCUCCAGAUUUUGGUUUGUUAUUGUAUUUCAGGCUCCAAAUCACAGAUUUUAGUUUUCAUGCCACAGAUCUUAAUCUACAGAUCCCAUGUUCUCUUACUUCAUAUUAUCUUACCUACCGUCUUCAUAAUCCUGGAUUUUAGCAUCUUUAUCAUUUUUAUUAGAUGUUACACUGAUGUUGUAGAUUCCAUUUCCCAGAUGUUAACCUCCACACAUUAUGGCAACCAAAUCAGCCUCUAAGUCCUGAAUUUCAUCUUCUAGUCCCCACGUCGUAGU